CAAAAAGAAAAGAAGCGUCCCCUCAAGCGAAGAAGGGCUUGGACUGGAAUUUGAUCAUGGCGUUGCCCAUCCCACCCACCACAACCGAUUCGUCUGAAACCCCAUUCAUGUAGUGCCGGUGGUCCGGUUCAGACUUUUUCUCACCGCCCUCAUAUUACACCACUUCUCUCUACUCGACAUACCUGUAGACAUCACUCAACGAUUGGCCUUCGGUGUCCAUUCACCCAACCCAUCUGAUGAUAUACAUGUAUGCUGCCCCAAGGCGGAGUGCAUGAAAGAAGGAGGGAGAAGCCGCGUUGAUCCGUGUGAUCAGGCAGACCCCGGUCUCGAAUACCACCAAGCAAAACCAUUAACGCAUGUAAUUAUCCCGUCAGGGAGUGGGAAGAAAUUCACGUACCCAACGCCGAAGUCGCGUAAAUGGCCGAAGGCGAGGAAAUCGGGUCGGCGUGGAAGAUUAUUCCGUCGCUUAGCUCGCGAAAUAUCGCUGCCACAGUUGAAUUCUAUACGAGCGAGCUGGGGUUCACCUUGGGCGGAACAAAGUCCGAGAACGAUGACGACUCUCAGCUCUACUUUUACUCCGUCUACGCAGGAAACAAGACUGCUGCCAACAUCUACUUCUUUCUGUGCGAUGACAACGAAUUCCAUCCUGGAGGAGUAAUGAUCGCCUUGGGCACGGCAGGUCUGGACCACUUCCAAGACCUCUUGAUCUCUAGGGGCAAUGUCGAAGUUGUCGAAGCUAUCCGCGAUACGCCUUGGGGUUACCGUCAGUUCACAAUCAAGGAUAAUGAUGGCAAUCGUCUGACGUUCUUCAAGUUCUUGGAGGGAGGAAACCCAGGAACCGACUGAUAUCACAAUCUUAUGCACGUCGGGUUGAGCUUCUUAACUGGAUAUCAAUUGAGUAUCGAAAAUUUCUCAAGACGUACUAAGUGAGAGCAUGCGUGCUGAAGAAAGAUAAUUCAUGGAGGAUUUCCAUAUAACGGAUCUGGGGAAAUCGCAAACUCAUGCUGAGCAGUAAAUUGGUUCAUGUUGUUCUGCGUGCUCAUACCAUGGAAGAACAUGGGAUCCAGGUCGGGAAGCCAGAAUUCAAAGAGAUUCAUCA